AGCCCAGCCCCGGCUGAGCUCCCGCCCACCACUCCCCACCCCUGCAGGACGCGCCUCUCCAACAAGUCCCAGCCCUUCCCAGCAAGGGAGGCGGGAAAAAAGCGAAAGCCUCGCCCACAGCCCUGCCCACAGCCCCGCCGCUCCCAGGCUCCUCCGGACUCCGCGCAUCCUCCUGGGAUUGUCUCGGAGGGGACCGCGCUGUGCAGACGCCAUGGAGGUGGUGUUGCUCUACCUGUGCGGCCUGCUGGCUCCGGCGGUCCUGGCCAAUGCAGCUGAGCAGGAGAAAGAAAAGGACCCUUUUCAUUAUGACUACCAGACCCUGAGGAUCGGGGGAUUGGUGUUUGCUGUGGUCCUUUUCUCGGUGGGGAUCCUGCUUAUCCUAAGUCGUAGAUGCAAGUGCGGUUUUAACCAGAAGCCGCGGGCUCCAGGGGACGAGGAGGCCCAGGUGGAGAACCUCGUCACUGCAAAUGCAACGGAGCCCCAGAAAGCAGAGAACUGAAGUGCAGCCCUCAGGACAAAGAACCUGAAGGCAGCUGCUUGAACCUUUAGAUGCAAAUUCUGAUGCUUAAGAAAACCGGCCACUUCAGCAACAGAUCUUUCCCCAGGAGAAGCCAAGAACUUGUGUGUUCCCCACCCUCUCCCCAACCCCUCGACACCUGUCCUCAACUUGAUGAUGCAACCCCUGCCUCCCUGCAGCCUGUGGUCUCGUCCCCCUCCUGUGACGUGUGUCUGUGUGUGUGUGUCUGUCUGAUGAUGUGGUCUUUGUGGCUGCUUGUUCGUGGAUGACAUUGUAUCUUAGUGAACCUGGCCCCACUUUCCUGGGCAGGAGCUGAGCCACGUGGCUGUCAGCUCGUCUCUGGUCUCCAUGGCCCCAUCACCUUCCACUCCCGGGAGUCUGCUUUGUCCCUAAGAGGCCAGUUCCUUCUCUUGAUUUAGGGGUGGAUGGAGGGGUUGGGCACGGGCGGAGUCUCCGAUUGGCUUGGGACUUGGGAAGGUUUACAUCACCUUCGUGAUCCUUCUACACGGCCCGUCUUCACUCCUUUUAUAAGAACCUUGCUUCCAUACUUGUCCCUGGACCGAGUCUGUUCUGAGGUCUCUUGGCAGUGGGAGGUUCCCAGCAAGGAGCUGAUAAGCCCGCUUUGCCCUCGGGCAGCUACACCCCUUCCCUGGUGCCCAUCUGCCCCACCUUACUCCGCCCCUGGGGAACGUGCCCCUUGCAUAUCUUCUCAGCAAUAACCCCGUGGGCUCUGGAACCCCACCCCCUUCUCCAGCCUUUCCUGCUCCCAAGAUGCCCAUCUAUAGCCCAGCUCGUCUGGACUCAGACUCCUGCCCCUGGACUGGGGCUCUGGCAGGUGAUGGCUGAAGGGGUGCAUUCAGCUGGGGCCGGUGCUCUGGGGAGGGGCAGCUGGGAGAGCAGGGGUCCUUUGCUUCUCUGUCCACAUCCCAUUGGCCAGGCAGCAGCGGGGGCUCCUGCACCCUCUGCUCGCCUGUCACCGGCCAGAACGGCAAGUGCAGCGGCAGUGCUGCGGGUUAGGGACCCGGCAGGGCUCCGCACAGCCCUGCUGCAGGGGGAACAGCACAAGGGUGAAGCUCGUGAAGAGAGUGGAAAAUCAGACCCCGCCCCUCCCGCUCAUCGUGUUCUCGUGGAAACUAACCAAACCGUGCCGCUGUGACCAGGACUGCUGUUCUCUGUGUCGUGACCUCUCCUCAACAGCGACGAAAAGGAAUAAAAUACCACUUAUUUCCUAGUGGCUCUGAGGUGCUU